CUCCGUACCCCAAGAGGUGUCUUCUGUACAUAUUGAUCAAAAAAGACACAACGUUUUCCCCCCUUCCCCUGCUUCUUUCAACCCCCCACCCCCUAACUUUACAAAAUCAUGUCCGGAGAUACCACUCCGAUACUGUCACCCCGUUCGACUCCUACAAAGCAAGAUUCUCAAAAUGUCUCGCCUCAUACACUACCGAUGACUCCCCCAUCUCCGGCUUUCACCUUCACGCCCGGGGAAUUGGGAUACGUGUCUUCCGAUACUUCGUCCGAUUCUUCGGCUAGAUCUUCACUUGCUCGGACAGACCUUGGAGGGCCACGAAGACGCGGUUUCAUGCGACCUCAAGGGACUGAGUUCUCGACCUCGGCGCGGUCCAGGGAAAGUGUGAUGGCGUUAGGGAGUAUUGCUCAUCUUCAAUAUUUUUUUGCAAAGACUGGGUUGCUGGAUGGGAAAGGGGCCGGACUACAAACGAAGAAGAGCUCGAAUAGCUUGAAGGUGGACACAAGAGCCCAGGGGAUCCCCCAGGACUCGACUUAUUCCUCACUUCGAUCGUCACCAGAACUUUUCAUGCCUAUGGAAGCUGACUUCUUCUCCGAGUCGCCCUCUGAGCUCGAUGAUUUCGCCUUUGAUGAGUCGGUCAUGCUGCCGCCUACUACCUCCACGUACAAUCCUCAGACAAAGCAUAUCCCCCCAACGCCAAAUCCUCAAGUUCUCAGAGAGCGAUUGCGGGGAGCCUUAGCAGUAACGAAAAGUGCGUGGUUGCAGAGCUUUGCAAUUCCGGGUGGGCCAGCGCGCAAGGAGAAGGUGGAGGGCGAAGAGGACCUUGCUCCGUUACCGCCCGGGUUCAGCGAACUUCAUGGAAACGAAUUGGUGGAGUUAGCAACUUCUGCUAUUCGGGCGGCGAAGGCGUACUAUUAUACCACCGAUACAUCACUCUUGUCGACGCUGGACGAUAGGUCGCUGAGGGAGGGAUUUCUAACAACUUUAGACGCGCUCAAGAGGUUGGCGCAGAGAAAAUUCGACGGCGGUGUGAAACCCGAGGAACGAAACGCCGUAGUCAAGUGGAUCGACAGUGUGGAGCUAUCAUUGGCAGCAGAGGAAAACGCAAUUGCAGACAUGCGGAAGAAAGGCAGAGAAUGGCUGGAAGGCAGCUGGGAAGGUCGGGAAAUGGACCGCUGUCAUCUAUUUCUAACUUACUUCGACUCCUCCCCCUCCCCCCUCCCCCCAUUUGUGCCCACCGAACCAGCAACCCCGCUUCCAACACCCUUCCUCCUAUCCCUCCGCUCAGGCCUCCGCCUGAUUCUAAUCCACAAUGCCGUCGUCCGCCGCUCCAAGAGACCCUUUGGCCAGAUCCCGAACUACCACAAAGAAUUCAGCAAGCCCUACCGCUCAGCAGAGAAUUUGCGCUUCUGGAAGAAGGCUGCGGAGAUUCGGUGGGAGUUAAGGUUGAAGUUUGAUGUCACGAGCGUGGUUAACGGAACUGAAGACGGGUGGCAGGGUUUCCAGAGGGAUAUUAGGUACUGGUGUGAGAAGGUGCUCGAGGAGAUUAGGACGGAUUGGGAGGUUGGUGAUGUUGCGAGUGGGGGGGAGGAGAGGGAGGAAGGGCGUGUUAGGCAAACGAGGAGUGGGACGUUGGAAAGUUUGAACGUUGAGAUUGGGGGGUAUAUUUCGUAGGCAGGUAUCCGUUCGUUGAAGAGAAGGGUAGGGGAAAGCAUACGAGGCAUUCGGACCCGGGCACAAGGUCCUAUCUUCAUUUCAUCUCCCCCACUCCUUCUCUCUUGCCUUUUUACUACUUCACCCUUACUUUUUCUUCCCCGACCCAACCCACCCAAUUGUCACAGUAAUUGACGUGGAUGGGUGCGGUAGGGAGUUUUUGUUGCAUAAGCCAGCCUUCCUUUUUUUCCUUUUCCCUAUUUUUUCUUCCACCCCCUUCAUUCUCGUCCAUUAACUUAUACCCUUCCUAUUCCCCCUACCCAUA